AUGGACAUGAUCAAUGAGAUUGGGAACGCCACUGCGGGGAGCUCGACACCUAUUCUGGUCACGCCUUGUGCUGUUAGGCAGUUUGACUGGAAUUUUGGCACCGAACCUUAUCGGCUAUCUGUUACCUCUAACUCUACGCAAAGCGACACGGAAGACCUGAUAUCAUCAUAUACUAUGCAAGAGUACAACUGGACUGUCGUGCAACCACUCGGAUCCAGCAACCAGAUCACGCUGUAUGAUAGCACAGGCCUUAUCGGCACAUCCGAUGUGUACCAAGUUGUCUCCGGUGGUAGAGACCCCAUCGGCAAGCUCUGCCUAAGUCCCAGUAGCGAUGGCAGCAGUAGCGUGACACCCUCCAGUACUUCCACCACUUCUUCGGCUAUCCCUACCUCAUCUUCCACAUCUAUCUCUACCAUCGGAAAUACCAGGCCAUCUUCGAGUUCUUCUACCGCGGCCAUAGCUGGGGGUGCCGCAGGCGGCGGUAUCGUCGUGACUGUCAUCCUCGCCGUGCUUACCUCUCUUUGGCGCCGACGUCGGCGCGCACGGAAUCGCGCCAUGGAGAUAAUAGAUCCCGGCGACGAAGGCUUGCCGACCUAUACUGAAGUCGUAAUGCCACACCCAACGACCCUCACAAGAACCACUUCGCAAAGCGAUCUAUCGUCGGCGUUGGUCCAUUUACCAGUGGCAAGCGGCAAGCGGACCUUCAGCAAGGAGGUGAAGAGGUCGGCGAUCCAUCCGGAUCUCCCUCCAGAAGAGGCAUUCUGCCGCUCAGUCACUCCCUCAUCGCCACCACCGACGAUGCGAAUUCACAAUCCGGAUCCCGGAGAACCAUGA